GAUAACAGCUUGAAUUGUUGUAUUCAUCGAGCUAUCUAAAUUCUAUGAUUCAGUUAGGCUCAAAAUAAAGAAAAUGUAUCGGCAUGUAGCAACACUUUUUGUUUCUAAACCCAUAUCACAGGGAUACGUGGCAAGUCUUCCCGCUCCACCAGGUCCUUCAACUGGGCGCCAAUGGAUGCGAGCCAUGGAUGCUAACGCUGACGUCCGUGAGCUUUAUACCGCUGACGCAGAGCGAUACGAGGCAUGGUACAAGGAAACGUACCAGUUGGAGGAUCUUAGCAACGGGUGUGCAGCCUCUGGAGCGAGCUCGAAUAAGCUUCUGGAUGAUUCCAAGAACAUACAAUGCGCAGCCGAGAAGUAUGAUUUAGAGGGUAUACAAGAGGAACUCCAGUAUUGGUCAAAUGAAUUUAUGCAUCUGAACCAAGUGAAAAGGUAGGCAUCUGCUUCAACGCCUAUUUUUCUCAGUGCAUUCCUUUCUUAUCUCUCUUAUUUUUAGAAAGAGCUAUUAUAAUUCGCAUAUUCUUCCAUAAUGGCAUCAUUUUCAGUUUAUUAAUGCUCAUGCUGUUUGCCCCCUUCCAAUGGAUACACU